UCAUACGGUACAUUUGACUUAGUCUUCACAGUCGAUGUGCCGCAUCACAACAAAAAGAAUCACGCGAAACAUUAGCAACUUCUUCGGUGGUUUACUACUGGUACCGCACUGCAAAGCAACGCACAAAUGGGAAAAAAUCUAAUGCAUGGGAAACACUGCACGUUGUACCACGUAUCGCAAAAUACUGUAGUCCGUCAGAUGAGUAGCAGCGGUGCCUUUGCCUUUCACUGAAAUGAAUGGGCUUUUGCUGGAACGCAUGCAGGUUAACACACCCGGUGUGUGCGAGGCGUUAUGAGAGGAGCAAGCAAUACUGCAUAUCUCUGCUGACAAAACGACUACUUGUACUGCCACAACUGUUCCACGAGACACACACAAGGAGCCUUUGACAGCCACUGAAGCGGACCCGAGUGGCAUAUCAAGCAGCGCCCUGCAGUAAUUGGGGCCAUAUACCCGUGACAAAGGACAUAAUUUAGGGAGGAAAAAGGAUUACACUUUUCGGCUUUAAGGAAAAGGGGAUAGAAGCAACAGUCACCGCUAUCACCAAACAAAUGUGCCGCGGGUGUCACAAGCCAGAACUACAGAGCCCGCAUCAUAAUUGAUUUGCGCUUUGAUUUUGUGCUGUGUCGGUGAAAAAAGGGAGGGAAGGGAAAGGUGGUAAAAGAGAAUCAAAAAGGAGAAUUUCCAAUUCCAAGCAUGACGACCAGGAUGUUAUUCUUGCUCGUUUGGUCUACAGCGUUUCUCGCCGAGCUGCAGUGCGCCUUGCAAAGGACCACCACAGGGCUUGCGUUCCCCUCCGCGGGGCUCGGCAACAACAGCGGCGGGGAUGUCAGCAGCAAAAAAGACUCCAACCAGACCUACAACUCCCGACUCAAGAGGAAAAACCUGGCCAUUGAUUUUGCAGUGCCCUCUCUGUUGCGCUACUACAUGGCAGAGUUGAUCAAACGCCCACUUAACGGAAAUUGUCUGACUUUUAAUGGGUGCUAUAUGGUGCGCGCUAACUUAAGGAUGAACUGCAUACCCUUACAAAAAACGGUUGCUACUUUUCUCGACCCAAAGUUGGCUGCAAUCGAUAGCAUGGCGGCAGAGAAUUCAACCAGUGCUGGUGGACAGUUCUCUUACCGCUACAAUCCGUUGCUGUCCAAAGUUCUGAAUUUGGGUUUGACGAAAGCCAGCCGAAAAUCAAAUCAAGUCGUGGUGGAAAUUGGGGAGGACGUGGUUAAAACGGGUUGCGGUGGACUGACAGUCUACGAAGAAGACCCGGUAUUUUUCCUGGAAAUGGACCUAACAAGUAUUUUAGAAUGGUGGUUGGGCGCCGAAGGGGGCCGGCUAAGGGUCCGGCUUAUGCCAGAAAAAAAAGCACAGGUUCCCGGGAGAGAGGACAAGUACACCGCGGCGAUACGAGCAGCUGACCCCCGACUAUUUAUUCAUAUAGCCUCCCGAGGGGAGCCGCUGGCAGGUCGAUCCGGACUGGGCGUCCCCCGAGGUUACUGGAACUUCUCCUGGAUGGCCCAGGAUGAGCUGAACUCCCCCAAGAUCAUGGCACCAACGUCAGAUAUCGGGUGCCCUGGAAAAAGGAAGUCAUGUGACCGCCCGUACCCCGAAUAUAACCCUUAUUUCACGUGGAGCGUGGUGGUGGCGGAGAACCCUUGGGAAGAGGGGAACGAGAGGAUGGAAAGGAAAGGAGGAAGUCCACAGGGCUGGGAGGAAGGUCAGUUUCUGUGGGUGAACGACUCUGCAUUGGCCGGUCCCUGGGUCCUGAGCCCCUGGCUGUGGGGAGGUCGGGACCCCUGCGGGCUGGACAUGGCCGUGUUCCUGCACCCCCAGAAGAGCGGACGCUACACAGUGUGGCUUAUCGAGAGGGACAAACAUCCGCUAACCCUCCUGUCCACUGACACGCUGCCGCGCAUCACAGGCUGGGCGGUGGUCCACCUCACCCUGGGAUCCCGCGGAACCACGCCCUUCAGGAUCCAGGCCAGUUAUGACCGGCCGAUCGAGCAGGACGCCACCACCACCACCGACCCGGGUUUCACCACUAUCAUCGAACCGGGCUUCACCACCAACUGCACAGUGGAUCCCUACCCAAUCCACAACAUCACCCUCCAGGGCCAGUACCACUGUAACCAGGGCCCAGGGGUCCCUCUUGGACAGCUGUGUGACUUCAAGAUGGACUGCCCGCUCGGCGACGAUGAAGGGAACAUGUGCCGUCAGUUUCUCAAUGGCAGCUAUUGCUCCUUCGAGGACGGUGAGUGCGGAUGGCAGCCAAUUGCAGCCAAGGGAUCCUCCUGGAGGCGUGUUCGCACCAUUCCAAAGAAGGUGCGGCCUAGCUGUCCAUCAUCCUCAGGUGCCAUGUUCAGUGUGGAUGGAGGACAGUCCAAGGGUCAGCAGGGGUCCGCAUUGCUCAGGAGCCCUCUCUUCCCUCCUCCCCUACGGAACUCUCCAUGUGAGGUACGGUUCUGGAUGUGUUCCGGAGGUGGCCAGAGGUGGGCGCUAUCUUUGUGGCUGGUGGAGAACAGCACAGGACCUAAGGAGCAGCGCAGACUGUGGCACUCUGCCAGCGAGCCCAAGACCGAGAGAGGCUGGAGACUCAUUAUGCUUCCUCUCUACGGACUUGUUGACUGGUUCUGGCUCCAGUUCAGCGCUGACAAUGGGCCAGGUCCAGGAUCAGCCAUUUGUCUGGAUAACAUCUCCUUCAGUAUGGACUGCUUCCUGGCCUCCAAUGGCGACUUUCCUCCUACAGUAACUGGCAACACUAAACUGCCAAUGAAACCAACCAAUCAGAACAUCAAAACAACCACCCCGUCCAAUGGAAACUCAAGAACCUUGUCAGAACAUCCAACUCUGACUGCCUACACCAAAUGGGCCUUUCACACUUGUGGGGCAGUGGGUUCAGAGGGGCCCACCCCAACCCAGUGUAGCAGCUCAUAUCGGAACAGCAACAUCAACGUUACCGUGGUAACCAGAAGCCCAUUCAAAGGCAUCCAAAUCUGGAGAGUGCCGGAGACUGGCAGCUACAGGAUCACAGCUUGUGGGGCAGCUGGAGGUCGCAGUGUAUUGACCAUGACCAAGUCACAUGGUGUCCAACUCACAGCAGACUUCCUGCUUCAGGAGGGCGAGUUGCUUCACAUCCUGGUGGGCCAAAAAGGAGAGGACGCCUGCCCCAAUACCAACGAGAUCCUAAACAAGAUCUGUGUGGAGCAGAUGCCAUUGGAAAACAAGACGUGGGUCCAAGGGGGCGGGGGCGGAGGAGGCGGAGGAACCUAUGUGUUCAAGGUGCAGAGGGGUGUCCACAUCCCCCUGAUCAUCGCAGGUGGGGGUGGGGGACGUGGGUACAGCAGCCAAUCCGACAGCCAGGAUGAGUUGAUGGAUGACACCAAUGUACCAGGGCGCAAUGGGAAGUCUGGAGCAGCAGGUGGAGGCGGAGGUUGGCAUGACAGUAACCCUGGGUCUCAGGGCGGGAGACCCCUCAUACUCGGAGGACAGGGGGGGCAGCCCUGCAUUAAGUUCAGCUGGGAGACCCGAGGGGGUUUCGGGGGAGGGGGAGGUGCCUGUACAACCGGUGGUGGAGGAGGGGGCUAUAGAGGUGGCAGCACCUCUGAAGCUAAUGACCCAAAGCAGGAUGGAGACGACGGCUCCUCUUUCAUCAGCCCAGAGGGAGAGACCUUCCUGGACCCUCUGAAAGGUAUGGAAAGUGACGGAGAGGUGAUCAUCGGCCCCGUGCUAAACUGUAGCCACUGUGAGACGGGCGAAUGUCACAAGAACGAGGAGGGGACCUUGUGUUACUGUGACGUGGACUUUGUACUGGCCCGCGACGGUGUGUCUUGUAUCAACUCAUCAACAGAGGUGUCUCCCCUGCCUCCCCAGCCCUCCCUGUCCCAGUUGGCCCUGGUUUUGUCUGUGGGGACUUCAGCCCUCAUUGCUACCCUGCUGUUGGCUGUGUCUGGAGUCAUGAUCAUGUACAGACGUAAGCAUACAGAGCUCCAGUCCAUUCAGCUGGAGCUCCAGAGCCCGGACUGUAAACUGAGCAAGCUGAGGGCUUCAACCAUCAUGACUGACUACAACCCCAACUACUGCUUCGCUGGGAAGUCCGCCUCUGUCAACGACCUGAAGGAGGUGCCCCGACGCAACAUCUCCCUCACCAGGGGUCUGGGACAUGGUGCCUUUGGUGAAGUGUAUGAAGGGAUGGCAGUGGGGAUACCUGGAGAGCCCAGUCCCAUGCAAGUAGCAGUCAAGACACUCCCUGAGGUGUGCUCUGAGCAGGAUGAGCUCGACUUUCUCAUGGAGGCUCUCAUUAUCAGUAAAUUCAGCCACCAGAACAUAGUGCGGUGUAUAGGGGUGAGUCUACAGGCCCUACCACGCUUCAUCCUAUUGGAAUUGAUGGCUGGAGGAGACCUCAAGAGUUUCCUGAGAGAGACGCGACCCAGACUGGAGCACCCUUCUAGUCUAUCCAUGGAGGACCUGCUCAAUGUGGCCAGAGACAUAGCACAGGGAUGCCAAUACCUGGAGGAGAACCAGUUUAUACACCGGGACAUUGCGGCCCGGAACUGCCUGCUGACCACCAAAGGACCGGGGAGAGUGGCCAAGAUCGGGGACUUUGGAAUGGCCAGAGACAUUUAUAGGGCCAGCUACUACAGAAAGGGUGGGCGCGCCAUGCUGCCUGUGAAGUGGAUGCCUCCGGAAGCCUUCAUGGAGGGGAUCUUCACAUCCAAAACGGACACAUGGUCCUUUGGGGUGCUGCUAUGGGAGAUCUUCUCUUUGGGCUAUAUGCCCUAUCCCAGUCGCAGUAACCAGGAAGUGUUGGAGUUUGUCACCAGUGGGGGAAGGAUGGACCCUCCCAAAAACUGCCCAGGGCCUGUGUACCGGAUAAUGACACAGAGUUGGCAGCAUCAACCGGAAGACAGGCCCAACUUCUCCACCAUCUUGGAAAGGAUUGACUACUGCUUACAGGACCCCGAUGUGGUGACUGUUUCCUUGCCUGUGGAAUAUGGCCCCCUCCCUGAAGAGGAGGAGCGGGUACCCAUGCGCCCUGAGGACCCCACGGCCUCCCCCCUGCUGGUGUCCACUCUGAUGCCUGACGGUGUGGGCCCCGCACCGCCACCGUCAGCCCCCAAGCCCACCGAGGAGAACCGAAGAGUUGAACAACCCCUCCUCCUUACCAACCAGCUCCCCGAAACAUGCAAGCCCCAGGCGAUGGCUCAACAACCCCUGCCCCAUCCCCAGACAUUCACCAUGACCACAGCCACCUCCAAGGCACCUCCCCCCAUCUCCACCCAGCAACCUAACCCAGACGGUGGCCACGUCAAUCUGGCCUUCACCCAGGGCCACCCUGGGGAUAAGGAGGGUCGCAAUGGGAAACCCACCAACCUGUGGAACCCCACUUACGGCUCCUGGUUCCUCCAGCUGCAACAGCAGAAGAAGCAGCAGCAUCAGCAACAACCGCAGCAACAACAACAGCUGCAGCAAAAGCAGGAAAGAGUAGGCAGUGGAGGUGGGGGAGUUGGAGGUGGGAGGGUGCCAGGCGAGGGGCAGGAGCACAAGGGACGGACUGUGGCCGAGGCGGUGGGGGCCCUGAGUCUCCAGCAGCACAAGCAGCAGUUCCAGCCACCAUACCCCUUCCAUCCACAGCAGCAACAGCAGAUGCAGCUCUUACAUCACCAGCAGCAGCAACAGCAGGGGUUCUGCAGGCCGCUUUUGCCACCUCCGCCACCACCCCAGGCUACCUCCUUGGGUACCAGUGAUCCUACCCCUUCCCCGCUCCUGUUAGAUUCCGCCGCCCUACCCCCGGUCCCUCUAUUUAGACUUCGCAGAUUCCCCUGCGGGAACAUCGGCUAUGGCUACCAGGAGCAAGGGUUACCCCUAGAGGCAGCCCACCACCACCAGAAUCCUGUCUCUGUCAACCCCCCUCCUCCACCGCCCCCUCCCCCGCCACCCGUGGCCCUCCAGAGAGGAGUGGCGGGGACCCAGCUGUCGCUGAGCCACUCGACGACGUCCAAAGCCGAGGACAGCCUCCCUCUGCUGGUCACCAUGGGGACGGUGCAGGACCCGAGGCUGCCACGGAUGGAGGGCCACAAUGCCACAGUGCUUUAGCCCCUCCAACCCCAACCUCCACCUUGGAGACUGUGUGUACAGACAGAUAGGCAUACAGCCAGACUUGAUGAUACACCGUGCAACACUGUGUCAGGACACCUUACGACCAGCCCUCCCGUCAGGACACCUUGGUUUCAUCCACCGAUUGGAUCAAGCUAUUGCAUUGAGUCAAAAAUAUUUAAUCCCAAUGAGAUAAAAUGGCUGUGGAAAUUACAAUGGGGUGUUAAAGCACGUUGGAGAGCUGCAAAGGACCACUAAGAAGAAAAGCUUAUGGGUUGUUGGCUAGGAAAACAGGAACAAUGUACAUGUUGCAGCACUGGCUAAUGUUCAGUAGACAAUUGUGGCAGGACGGUUAGAUGUUUCCAUUCGGUUGAACUUGCUAAUUUCUUUGCAAUGUGUUCACGAGCCGACCGCUCAUCUUCUCUGUCGAUGUCAACGUAGCCUUUCACAUGGAGUCAUGCUGGAAACACACAAACAGAACAUACAAACACAUAACUAAGAACCACACACAUCUGCUAGAUGUCUAACUGACUGUAGCAUUAGCUAACUUCUUCUCUAGCUGUCAUUCAUUGCGGGUUAUCUAUUUCAUUGGCAAUUAAGGCCUUGGCAGUUGAUUCAUCAAUCAGAAACAAUUUUCCCAAAAUAUGGUGACAGCCGGACACUGGAUUCCUGAGUUGUGUGGGUUUUUUUUUACAAUGAAGAAAAAAUGUGUUUGUUGAUGCUUGCUUGCCUGCUUGUUUAUUUAUUUAUUUGUCUAUUUAUUAUUUGGGAGCUCUAUAAAUUAUUAAUACACCAACGUUUUCCAAAUUAGUUUGACAUACUGUACAUGGGUUAGCUAUUUGACUUUUUUUUUGCACUAAUCUUUGUCCAAUGUCGACCUAAUUGAAUUAAUAUAAACCCUUGGGAACAAUGACCAAUGCACUGAAUGGUAUUUCAGACAGUUGGAAUCAGUACUCAUGGUGGUGAAGGUUGCUAUGGUAUGAGGGUGGAAGUGAAAGGGAAUUGUUGGGGGAGUGUAACAGUGCCAUGAGUAUGUGAGUGGCUGUCUUUACAAUUUAAGGUGUGUGAUUAGGUGUGUGAGCGAGAGGGAGGUAAAGAAAGACGGACAUAAUUAUUUUUCUUAGAAGGGCAAUACUAUGGAGCUUACUGUACACUGAUCUUAAAUGUUUAUUCAGGCAAGUUCACCUUCCAUUUCUCGUUAAAUAUGUUUUAUAUGUAUAUAAUAUGGCCCUCUAUGGAAAGACAGAAAUUACUGUUCCAUGGAUUCUUAUAUGUGGCAAUUCAUUUAAAUGAAAGUGGUGGUGUCCAUAUACUUUUGUAUAUAAAGUACCAAUCAAAGGUUUUUCUUUAUUUUUGCUAUUUCCUACAUUGUAGAAUAAUGGUGAAGACAUCAAAAAUAUGAAACAACACAUAUGGAAUCAUGUAGUAACCAAAAAUGUGUUAAACAAAUCUAAAUGUAUUUUAUAUUUGAGAUUCUUCAAAGUAGCCAACCUUUGCCUUGAUGGCAGCUUUGCACACUCUUGGCAUUCACUCAGUCAGCUUCACCUGGAAUGCUUUUCCAACAGUCUGGAAGGAGUUCCCACAUAUGAUGAGCACUUAUUGGCUGCUUUUCUUUCACUCUGCGGUCCAACUACUCUCAAACCAUCUCAACUGGUUUGAGGUUGGGUGAUUGUGGAAGCCAGGUCAUCUGAUGCAGCACUCCAUCACUCUCGUUCUUAGUCAAAUAGCCCUUAUACAGCCUGUAGGUGUGUUGGGUCACUGAUACUGAGAUGUGUCUGUUACUUGAUCUGUGUGAAGCAUUUAAUUGGGCUGCAAUGACUGAGGCUCGUCUGAGGCUGGUAAUGACCUUAUUCUUGUCACGCCCUGACCUUAGUUAUCUUUGUUUUCUUUAUUAUUUUGGUUAGGUCAGGGUGGGACAAGGGUGGUCUGUUUUGUUUUUGUAUUGUCUAGGGGUUUAUACGUUUAUGGUUGUCUGGAUUGGUUCCCAAUCAGAGGCAGCUGUUUAUCUUUGUCUCUGAUUGGGAACCAUAUUUAGGUAGCCAUAUUCAUUGGGUGUUUUGUGGGUUAUUGUCUAUGUGUAGUUGCUUAUUUCAGCACUCGUUUUAUCAUAGCUUCACGUUCGUUUGUUUUUGGUAGUUGGUUUAGUGUUCUCCGUUAAUAAAAUAAGAAUUUAUCCAAAUCGCGCUGCGCCUUGGUCUCCUCACUAUGACGAACGUGACAGAAUACCCCACCAAACAAGGACCAAGCAGCAUGAAAAGGAGGAACAGCAGCAUUUAAUGGGGAGAUGGACCUGAUUUAAUGAGGAAAUAUUGGAUAGGGCAGGACCCUGGACACAGCUGGGGGAGUAUCGCCUUUCUGAGGAGGAAAGAGAGGCAGCGAAAGCGGAACGGCGAUACUAUGAGGAGAAAUACCAGACAAUAGAGGAACGGCGAUGAUAUAAAGGUACACGGCUAGCACGGAAGCCCGAGAGGCAGCCCCAAUAUUUUUCUUUGUGGGGGGGCACACGAGGAGAUUGCAUGAGUCAGGUGGCAGACCUGAGCCAACUCCUCGUGCUUACCAUGGGGAGCGUGUAACUGGUCAGGCACGGUGUUAUGCAGAGAUGCGCAAGGUGUCUCCAGUGCGCUAUUCUAGCCUGGCGCGCUCUAUUCCAGCUACUCGCAUUUGCCGGGCUAGAAUGGGCAUCCAGCCAGGACGUAUCGAGCCAGCUCUAUGUUCUGGAUCUCCAAUGUGUCUCCACGGUUCAGUGUAUCCUGUGCCCCCUCCCCGCACUCGCCCUGAGGUGUGUGUCCCCAGCCAUGUACCACCAGUGUCGACACCACGCACCAGGCCUAUAGUGCGCCUCCACAGUCCAGUACGCCCUGUUCCUGCUCCUCGCACUCGUCCUGAGGUGCGUGUCCCCAGCCCGGUACCACCAGUGCCGGCAUCACGCACCAGGCCUACAGUGCACCUUGGCAGUCCAGAGCAUCUGACGACAGUACCCAUUCCGGAGCGUCCGGCGACAGUACCCAGUCCGGAGCGUCCGGCGACGGGCCACAGUCCGGAACCUCCAACGACGGGCCACAGUCCGGAGCCUCCAACGACGGGCCACAGUCCGGAACCUCCAACGACGGGCCACAGUCCGGAACCUCCAACGACGGGCCACAGUCCGGAACCUCCAACGACGGGCCACAGUCCGGAACCUCCAAUGACGGGCCAAAGUCCGGAACCUACAACGACGGACCACAGCCCAGGGUCUACAGCGACGGUCCCCAGCCCGGGUACUCCAGCGAAGGUCCCCAGUCCGGGGUCGCCAGCGAUGAUCCGCAGUAAUGAGCCUCCGGCGAUGAUCCACGGGUCAGUGCUACAAGGGCGAAGAGCUCAAUGUAAAGGGGGGCAGCGUCCAGAGCCAGAGCCACCACCAAAGUUAGAUGCCCACCCAGACCCUCCCAUAUAUGUUUAGGUUUGCGGCCGGGAGUCCGCUCCUUUGGGGGGCGGGGGUUCCUGUCACGCCCUGACCUUAGUUAACUUUGUUUUCUUUAUUAUUUUGGUUAGGUCAGUGUGUGACACGGGUGGUUUGUUUAGAUUUUGUAUUGUCUAGGGGUUUUUGUAUAUCUAGGGGUUUAUAUGUCUAUGGUUGCCUGGAUUGUUUCUCAAUCAGAGGCAGCUGUUUAUCGUUGUCUCUGAUUGGGGACCAUAUUUAGGUAGCCAUAUUCAUUGGGUAUUUUGUGGGUUAUUGUCAAUGUGUAGUUGCCUGUGUCAGCACUCGGUUUAUCAUAGCGUCACGUUCGCUUUGUUAUUUUUGUUUGUUUGUUUAGUGUUCUUCGUUAAUAAAAGAAGAAUGUAUUCAAAUCACGCUGCGCCUUGGUCUCCUCACUAUGACGAGCGUGACAAUUCUCUGCAUUAGAGGUAACUCUGGAUCUUCCUUUUCUAUGGCGGUCCUCAUGAGAGCCAGUUUCAUCACAGCGACUGCACUUGAACAAACUUUCAAAGUUCUUGACUGUAUUAAAGUAAUGAUGGUCUGUUGUUUCUCUUUACUUAUUUGAGCUGUUCUUGCCAUAAUAUGGACUUGGUCUUUUGCCAAAUAUGGCUAUUUUUUUUAUUUGAGCUUUAUUUUACUAGGCAAGUCAGUUAAGAACAAAUUCUUAUUUUCAAUGACGGCCUGGGAACAGUGGGUUAAGUUCCUGUUCAAGGGCAGAACGACAGAUUUUGCACCUUGUCAGCUCGGGGAUUUGAACUUACAACCUUUCGGUUAGUAGUCCAAUGCUCUAACCACUAGGCUACCCUGCCGCCCCUAUCGUCUGUAUACCACCCCUACCUUGUCACAACAUAAUUGAUUGGCUCAGAUACAUUAAGAAUGAAAUAAAUUCCACGAAUUAACUUUUAACAAAGCACACCUGUUAAUUGAAAUACAUUCCAUGUGACUACCUAAUGAAGGUGGUUGAGAGAAUGCCAAGAGUGUGCAAAGCUGUCAUCAGGGCAGAGGGUGGUUACUUUAAAGAAUCUAAAAUGUAAAAUAUAUUGUGAUUUGUUUAACAUUUUUUGGUUACUACAUGAUUCCAUGUGUUAUUUCAUAUUUUUGUAGAAUAAUAGAAAAAUACAAUAGAAAAAUAAAGAAAAACCCUUGAAUAAGUAGGUAUUCUAAAACUUUUGACUUGUACUGCAUAUACAAAAGUAUGUGGACACCUCUUCAAAUUAGUGGAUUCAGCCAUUUCUGUUGGAAUCAUGAUUCUGUGCUUCCAACUUUGUGGCAACAUUUUGGGGAAGGCCCUAUUCUGUUUCCGCAUGACAAUGCCCCCCAUGCACAAAGCGAGGUCCAUACAGAAAUGUUUUGGCGAGAUCAGUGUGGAAGAACUUGACUGGCCUGCACAGAGCCCUUUCCUCAACCCCAUCGAAAACCUUUGGGAUGAAUUGGAACGCCGACUGCAAGCCAGGCCUAAUCUCCCAACAUCAGUUUCCGACCUCACUAAUGUUCUUGUGGCUGAAUGGAAGCAAGUCCAAGCAGCAACAUUCCAACAUCUUUUGGAAAGGCUUCCCAAAAGAGUGGAGGCUGUUAACGCAGCAAAAGGGGGACCAAAUUCAUAUUAAUGCCAAUCAUUUAGGAAUGAGAUGUUAGAGAACCAGGUGCCCACAUACUUUUGGUCAUGUAGUGUAUACUGGACAAUAUUGAAUAGGUUUUUACCCACAAAAUGUUAUUUUGAAGAAAUAUAUGUUCAUAAAUCUGCAUCAUUUUUGUAUUUGAAUUCGAGUGUUGUAGAAUCUAAAGUAUUCUGAUUGAAAAGUUUGAACCAAAAUUACUUGUGGUCCACUUCAACCGUGUACACAUUUACAUUCAAUGUGCAUAGUGUCAACACUUUCAAUGCAAUCUGCUUUUAUACAUUAAAGACACAUGUUUUAUGUGAUCAUUACUUCAUUAUAAUGUGCAAUCGAAUCAACUUUCAUGUACGUAAGUCUCAAAUGGGUACAUGAAGAUGAGUGCUAGCCUAUGCUCAGCUAAGAGGAAGGUGAUUUGAGUGUAUCCAGGAAGUGCCAAUGUGUCAGUUGUUUGCCUGUCUGCUUGAAUAUGUUGUGUAAACCCUUUGCUUGUACGCUCUUUCAUCAAGCCUUACAAGCUGUUAUAGACAUGUAGUGAAGACAUUUGAUAAUUUGACAUAAACUGACUUAUACCGGCUGUAUUUCUGCCAAAGAUGGCAAAAUAAGUACAUGAAAUGACACUGAGAAUCGAUAGAACAUUGCUCGAAGAUUCCCAAAAACUAUAACAUUCAAAAUGAUUGAAUUUUUCUUUUAAGGUGCUCUCUGGCUUAUGACAGAGGGUUCAUGUAACAUGUUGCACACUUUUGCCGAUCAGCUGUGUGUUCACAUUAUAUGCGGUUUCUUUGCAGCAGCACAUGUCUCCAUUGCUCCAUGUAAAAAACAUUUGAACUGCAGCUGUAAAAUGUUGUAAUUAUAAAGUAUUGUACUAUGGCUCUAGUAAACCCUGUAAGUUGCCCUACAGAUGACAUCUGCCAAAACUGAAUAAAUUACUAUAUAAUGACUAUU